CAGCAAAAAGUGCAGUUUAGUUCUACUUGCGUAUUUGUACUCGCCGCAAUGGAAAAAUUUGUUUUCUUCCUACCGUUCGUUGUCUUUGUUUUGGUAAAAGCUAAUCACGAACAUCAUCAUGCUGCGAGUCUCCAUCACGAACACGAAGCUGCCUAUGUGGUGAAGACUCAUGACGAUCUAAUUAGGUAUCGCAAUCUGUGUGCCGAGCAGGUAAACGCUAAUGUCGAUGCUGUGGACAAGUAUAAGCAAUGGAAAUAUCCCGACGAUGAGACCACGCGUUGCUAUCUAAAGUGUGUCUUCGAGCAGUUUGGAUUUUUUGAUGCCAACAAGGGAUUCGAUGUCCACAAGGUACACGAGCAGUUGGCCGGAGGAAGCGGCACUGUCGAUCACAAUGAUGAGACGCAUACGAAAAUUGAGAGCUGUGCCGACAACAAUUCUCAGGGUAGCGAUGCCUGCACCUGGGCAUAUCGCGGAGGCAUGUGUUUCCUACGCUCCAACCUUCAGUUAGUAAAGCAAAGCGUUCAUAGCUAGACAACGGAAAUACUGAACUUCUAAAAAAUUGCAUGAACCGAAAAAACUUUCGAUAGUACCUUGGCAAUAUGUUGAAUAAUUUUCAAAUCUCUUUAAAAAGUAUAUAUUUUCUGUUAUGAAAUUAGAUUUCCAUAACCAACAAAUAAAUUUAUGCCUCUCUUUUUUUAUACCCUGGAACCUAAAGGUACCACGUUCUGGCGAUGCCGUUAAUUAACAGUUUUGGCUGCAAGUAUUAGGGAUUCCUUUUGAUACUAAAACUUAAGGUUGAACUUUAGUUAUAUUUAUUAGAAAUUUCUUUAUGAUUAAAAGGAUAAGCAAAAUGAUACAUUCGAAUAACACAUCAUGUACAGAGAA